AUGACUGCUUGUGAUUGUAAAAGAAUGAGUAAAAUUUUUAAGGGCAAGGCAGCAAAUAUCGGAGAAUUUCCUCAUCACGUUAGUGUGCAAUAUUCUGAACAUCACAUAUGUGGAGGAAGUAUUAUUUCAAGUAAUCAUGUUCUCACUGCUGCAAAUUGUAUUGUGCUUGAUCUCAAUGUAGUUACAGGAAAUCUAAAAGUUUUAGCUGGAACAGGUAACAGAAGAGAUGAAACCACCAAUACAGGAACAUAUCACAAUGUUAAAUAUAUUAUUUAUCAUCCUGAAUAUUCGCCAAAGUUAUUUUGGAAAAAUGACAUUGCAAUAUUAACACUUGAAACACCAAUAAUUUUGAAUGGAGAAACACGUGACUCUGUUGCACUGGCGGGAUCUAUACUAUUACCAGGAACAAUUGUGAGAAUUUGUGGUUGGAGACAUGAUUCAAUUUCAACAGUUAGACAUGGCUGGCAACUUCAGCAACUCAGACUACAAAUUGAUGAUAUAGUUUUUUGUAUGGAACAUUUUAAAGGUAUAGAAAUCAGUGUAUCUCAAAGGUGUGCAACUCCAACAGUAAAAAGUGCGGAUAUCACUUUGGGUAACGGUGGUGGUGGAAUGAUUCGUCAGAGAAAAUUGGUUGGAAUUAUUUCUGUACUUUUUGGAAUCAAAUCUAAAUCAACUAUCUUUACACAAAUAUAUCCAUUCUACAAUGCCUGGAUUCAAUAUAUCAUAUCAAAUUAUUAA